UCAUCAGGAUUGAGUGGGGUUUUGUCCAUUAGCGUUUGCUCAAAACUCCCCAGUAAUGUGUCAUUGUGUGGAAUCGGAUGUUGUUUCUAAAACUUUCUAAUUUUCGAAUAAGGAAUUAUUUCAUGGCGUUACCUGGGAAUUAAGAUCAUUUACAGAACAUGGAACAGAACAGUUCGAAUAACCAUAACAACAUGACUAGUGAUUUUUACUCAUUUUCUCCACAAACUGAAUCCAAAAGGAAAACGAAAGCGGUAAGAUCCACGGUGUGUGCUCAGGUGACAGGCGUGGCCCUCUUCUGUGUGGGGCUCGUGGUGGGGCUCCUGAUAGGGAUUUACGGCUUUAAUGGAGCGGGAAAAAACGAGGUCCUUCAUUCCAAUCAAAAUCCUACACAGAGUAAACGUAUUGAUCCAAGCAGAAACAGAGACUCGAACACUCUUAUGCCAAUGAACAGUGGCACCAAUGAAAAUAUUCACAGUCACAAAUCACAUGACCACGGUCAUAGCCAUGUGCCGAGAGAUUCUCGGAAAACGACUCCUUCAACUCGAGAUUCUCACGGGCACAGCCAUGGUCCAGCCGAUUCACAUAAACAUGAUCACGCUUCAGUGGACUCUGAUGGACAUAAUCAUGCACAUGAUGGACACGGUCACUCGCAUGAUGCACAUGGUCACGCGCAUGAUGGACACGAACAUCCACAUCAACCUUCAAAUAACGUUCUGGAAUCUCCAAAUAUUGAAAGCACUCUGCCUCCGACGGACACCGGGUUAGACAAUGGGGCGGAUACCAUGACUUGUGAACCUUGUAAAUGGACUUAUCCGGUAGAUGAAGAAACCAAACCGGAACUGUUCGCUCCCAUUAAGUCGAGUGAGAUGGUAAAGGCCAGAGAAGCACUUUAUCGAGAACAGAUAAUAACAGUCAAACCCGGUCAAAAGUUAGCGUAUAACGAGUCAUACGUUCAAUCCAUGUACCUGUUUCCGCCAAAUAAAGCAGAGGCAUUGGAGUACUUAGAUAAAGAAGGAGCGUUUCCGGGACGAUAUGUUACAGCAAUGGUCGUGGAAGGGGCUAGAAAAGAACCACAACUAAUGAAAUACAAAGUGGGACCCCUUGAAGGAGACGUAGAAAACAUAACAGUCACUCCUUUGUUGAAACCCAAUGAGGUGCCGUUCAGCAAUCGUCCGUAUGAUUCCAUUGAGACAAGAGAGUUGAUCAUAACAGUGAUGGACGCUCUUUAUCGCAUUAAUUCAAUGAUGCAAGAAUGUUUUGAUUCCAGAUCCCCAUACAGAGAUAUGAGUGUCAUGCCAAAUGGCCCCUUCAUCUACAAUGGAGAACGCACCAGUCGGUGGACUGCAGGCCUGCGGGGGCUUGGAGACAAAGAUUUCGACUUUCUAAAUGUGCUUCCUCUGAACGGAUUAAUAUAUCACGGCGGGCAAGACCCGUCGAAAUGGCGUGUUUAUAAUAUUUUCUAUCUAAACCAGGGUCCGUUUGAAACCGUUGAAGAUCUCUACAAAGCCUACAACUCUACAUCUCUGUACAAAAUUCGUUACCCUAAGGGCACAAGGGAACUGAUAAAAGAAAUCACCUUCCCAAAACGCCGCUUAUCCUACCCCGUGCGUCCGAAUUCUGAUCGAACUGGUACAAAAACUAUAGAACCAACUGGACCUCGAUAUAGAAUGAAAGGACACACCAUAUCGUGGCUGGGAUGGGAAUUUUCAGUCACCACCACGCAACACCGAGGACCGGCGGUAUUUAAUGUCAAGUUCCGAGGGGAAAGAGUGGUCUAUGAAAAUGCAUUGAAUGACAUAGGGUUAUUGUAUUCUGCAGAUGGUUCAGGACAAGACAAUAUUUUCUAUACAGACUCUACUUUUGGUUUGGGGGAAUCAAAGGCCGCUAUUUCUGAUAUCGACUGUCCCUCCCAUGCUUCCUAUCUGAGAAGUGUUAUGUGGAAUCCUGUGGCAAUGAGGGGAACAGAGAGAGUCACAAUUUGUAUAUUUGAAAUGGACGCUCAAGAACCAAUAUAUCGCCACAAAGGCGACGAUAUUGAAGUGGGCAUGCGCAACCGAUACCUGGUGGCUCGAUAUCCGACUCAACUUGGUAACUAUGACUACCUGAUUGAUUUCCAGUUUCACCUUGACGGCAAAAUUGUGACAACUGCUACAGCCACCGGAUUCAUUCAGGCUUCAUACUACAAUACACUGAGUGAUUUCUAUAACCCCGAGGAACCCGGACGAAAUCCGUUUGGUUACAGAGUGUCCAAUGACAUUAUAGGGCCUAUUCACGACCACACUUUCGCUUUCAAAGUAGAUAUGGAUGUAGUUAGUGAAAAAAAUGACUUUGAACUGAUUCACUGGAAGUAUGGCGAUGUAAUGGACGCCCUCAGGACAAUUAAAAAGGAAAAUCUCACGUAUCCGAACUAUUUCUUUCACAACCAAACACGGUUUGUAGAGUGGGAGCGCAUUAAAAAUGAGAAAGUCUUGGAUAUUGAUUCCAAAAAUCCUAAAUUUUGGACGUUUGUAAACAAUAAUGCAAAAAACUUUUGGCAAGUCAGCAGGGGAUAUCGCUUGGUACCUAUGCACUCAGGAACUCAAAAUAUACAGAACGAUCAUCCCGAGGCCACUCAUCUCUCGUUCACAGAGCAUCACCUCACGGUAACCAAGAGAAAAGAGAACGAACAGUAUGUCAAACCAAUUUACAACCCAGCAAACUCGAAGGAUCCAGAAGCUUCUCGAAAGUAUGUAAAUGACAUGGUAAAUGGAGAGUCGAUAGAGAAUACAGACCUUGUUGCGUGGGUUGCUCUUGGUUUCCUCCAUAUUCCUACGUCAGAGGAUGUACCUAUGACAACAAAGGUCACUUCCGGUUUCACUUUAAAACCGUUUAACUUUUUUGAUAGCACUGCAGUUUUUGAUAUGCCGUCGCACGCAGUUGGCCCCAAUAAAACCCUGAUUGAUCAGGAACCAGCGGAAGCACCCUGCUUGUACGUGCCAUACAGCGUUCAGGGAUGAUGCGAUUCAUUUAUAAACCAAACACUAUUAUUUGAGGGAGUGGUAGCUCUUUUACUGUUCUAAAGAAACAGUUUAAAUGUCUCUAGUUCAAAUACAGAUGUAAAUUUUUACAUUUUCUAUUUAAGGAGUUAUAGAGGUAUUCAUAUUUUACUACCGUAUAUUACUACAAUUAAGGCUUUUGACUUCGGUCGUCUAUUUUACAUGAUAUGCAAGUCGCAUACUUAGAUAAUGUGAGAUCCAGUGAGGUUGAUAAAGUCCCUACAAUGUUAAAGUACUGUACUACUAUAAAUGUAUAUUUGCAUAAUUUAUCCUCGGUCAAAGGUCAACAGUACAGGUACUUGUGGACAGGACCCCUCAGAAGACUUUUUGAUUCUAUUUUCUUCAAUUAUUUUUGUAAGACUUAUUACAAUGAAUUACAUGUAAAAUGUCUGGAAAAAAUACGACUUCUUUCUAAAAUACAUACAUUUAAAUAUAGAAGCUAGGUGUAAAAUUCUCAUAGAAUGAUUGCUGUAGGUUUUUUAAAAUUCUUUAUACACGGAAUACAUUGAAACGUUGAAAAAAUAAUUUGUAGGUCUCAAGAAAAGCGGGGGGCAUCCAGGAGUAAGAGGUCUAGUCCAAAAAGUACAUGUAGGAGACAGGCCUUUUAAAUAAGGGAAAACGUUAUUUUUCUAUUAUUCAAAGUGUUGCAGCUAACAAAUAUAUCAAAGCUGAGCACGAUCAUGAAGCCAAAUCUUCAAAUCAUAAUACAGUACUAAUUAUAAGGAGUUAAAACUUUUGAGCAGCUUUAUUUGAACACUCAAGACUAAAGUAUCCUAUACUCGCUUGAUUCGGUAAAGUGAUCGUGGCUUUUGCUUAGAUUUGCAUAAUUCGUCAAUGUUCCAACUACAGCUCGGUGCACAGUAAGUUAUGUAGUUUGAUAGAUGAUAGAAUCAAACCAUGAAUUAGUCUGACUGCAUGAAUCUUCCACGGUGAAUACAAUUCCUCAUUCAUCAGCAAGAUGUCUGACAGGCUUUAUAUUUAUCUUUGCAAUUUGUUAAUUUUUUGUUUGAUCUCAAUAAAUUUUAAUAUAAAACCA